CGGCGCUCCACACACGGCAGCGGCGCGAUGUUGUGCCGGCACCUUCGGCUGCUCCUGCAGCCCCGCGGGCGCUCCAUGCCCGCCUCCGAGGCCGUGCCGCAGCCAUCCCCCAGCAAGAGGCAGAAGGGCUCGGGUCCCGGCGAGCACAGCACACGGCUCCGCUUCACCAAGCUGUCCGAGAACGCCUUCGCCCCCUCCAGGGGCUCCGCGCGGGCUGCGGGCUACGAUCUGUACAGCGCCUAUGACUGUGUGAUACCACCCAUGGAAAAGGCAGUAGUGAAAACAGACAUUCAAAUAGCACUUCCUUCCGGGUGCUAUGGCCGAGUAGCACCACGUUCUGGUUUAGCUGCAAAGCACUUCAUAGAUGUUGGUGCUGGGGUUAUUGAUGAGGAUUACAGGGGAAAUGUUGGUGUAGUACUCUUCAACUUUGGCAAGGAGACUUUUGAAGUUAAAAAAGGGGAUAGAAUUGCCCAGCUCAUCUGUGAACGCAUUUAUUAUCCUGAGCUAGAAGAAGUUGAAGCUCUGGAUGAUACAGAACGUGGUGAAGGUGGCUUUGGUUCUACUGGGAAGAACUGAAAAUUACUUGAAUAUGCUUUAUAUUUUUUUUUUGUUACACUGUUUCUAAAUUUUCAUUUGAAUUAGAAGUGGGAUUUUAGGACUGCAUAAGAACACUUCCAGUUUUAUUCCAGCUUCUCUGUAUCCUCCUGUCUAUUUUUACAGGCAGUGAAUUUGCAUAAUGGGGAAAUGUGCACGACUGGCUUGGCUGACCAGUUGAUGUUUGGUCCUCAACAAUAAGAAUGUGUUGUUUUAUGUGUUGAUUAUACUCUAAUAAAUUAAAAAAUAACUUCACAAUUUGAUUUUACUCACCUAAACUAAAAGGACCAAUUUUGCCAGUUUGCGUUAAUCUUCUGAAAUCCAUCCUCCACGUGGUUCAGGUUUUCAUACUGAGAGCCCAUUUCAUACAUUUCGAUACGACUUCCCACUCUGACCCCUGAAAAAGGCAAAGAUAUUAAUAUUGCAUCUUCUACAACCUGUCCAAAUACUUGUGUUUCUGUUCAAAGCUAAAAUUCUGAUUUUGAUCCUUAGCUGAUCUUCAAGCAGCCCAUUUUUCCACUCUCUUAUAUUAAGAGCAAACAAUACAACGUUUGAGCUAAAUAACAACUCGUCUGGAAAUAACUUCUGUAUAGUAAGUGCUAUGAAAUAUGCUGUUGAAAUAUUUGUUGACAAAUCUAUUAAUAUGUUACUGUAUGAAUUAUUGAAGCAGUGCACAAAUUGUUCUUUUCAGUUCGAUUUUGUCCAUUUAACAGAGGACUCUUUGGAACCUGUCCUGAACCUGAUUCCAUAAGUGUGGGAAUCUCUGAAAUGCCUCAAAACCUUUUAGGUGAAAGAACAUGCACAGGAGAGCAGAAACAAAAAAGGAAAAAAUAAUGACUUUUUCCAGUUUACAUAAGAAUUAGAAAAAGGCUGUAAGGCUCUCAAACAUUUUUUUCCUGCAGCUGUCAGUGUUCUUUUUAGAUUUUCUUGGCUGAAAGGUCACAGGUACGAAAUACUGUGCUUUAAGUAGUGCUUCAGCAGUGGAGAGAUGGGCCUUUUGUAGAUUUAAGAUGUUCAUUCCUCUUGGUAGUCUCAGAUUAGAAUAAUCCUACUGGUAUUAGUACUGUCCUUGUCUAGAACUAACUAUUUUCAGUGAAAUAAGCCCAAAAUAUUUUACAUUUUGUAUAUUUUAUCCCACCCUCCCCCACAGUGAGCUGCAAAAUAAAGUGUAGUAUGAGAGCAUUCAUAUUCCUUUGGCCAUGGGAUAGUUAUUACAUUGACUUGGCAGUGCUGAAACAGUAAGUACAUCCAUCUUUGUCUGGGGUAAAGUCUUUCCCUCCCAUGUGCAUGAUAAGCUUAUUGUCUUUGUUGCUGUUGUUCCCUACCCCUCAUCACAACACUGUCCUUGCCUUUGUAUACCCAGACCUUCCUGAGCAGGCUCACCAGGCCAAAGCAAGGAGCACAUCACACCAGUGCACCUUCAAAUGAAUUGGAAAAGCCGAGCUUGACACUAAGUUUCUUGCAUUCUGUAACCUGCCAAAAAGGAACUUCAAUUACCAAAGGCUAUUUGUAGGUCUUAAAAUAACUAUGAUCCUUUAUGUAAAGCUGUUUCCUCCUGUCACACUGUAAGUCAAAGAGCAAGUUUUGCUGCUCUUUUUUAUUCCCAGCUCCCAAAGCAAAAACCCGGCGGGGGAUACACUGAGGCAAGUCCUUUUUAGAAGAUUCUACAAGAUCUUGCUUGGAACAGCAACCUGUGAGGAAGAAGUUGAAGUUCUGUUGAUACUCAUUAUUUGUUGUGUCGGAAACCAAUCUAGUUUCCAUUUUUGAAAAUAAUACUAAUACUCCAGAAUCUGAGAUAAGAUUGCUAGAAAAAGCAGCUCCUGAGAUAGUAGCUCAGAAACAUGACAAAGAAAUAUAUCCAUGGCUGGUGUAAGUUGUCAACAUAAAAACCAAUAUCUAAGUGUUAUUACCAAAAAAGGCUCACUUAUUUUGAAAACUGGUACAGUGGAGUUCCUUUCCACUGUUUCUCAAUACUUAUCUAGAGAAGCAUAUAAUGAGUUUUAGAUUCCUGCAGGGCCCCCAGUAGGACCUUGGAAAGUGUCUCUCAAAUGAGAAAUGGUUUUAAGCUCCCCUCUAUACUGACUCCUCCCUGUGCACCAAACCAUUGCACUGGGGUAACAAAUCUGAUAACUCCUGUUUGAGUGUUGGGGGUUUUGUGUUCUAUAGAACACAAAUCUCACCAGGCAACAGGAGUUACCAAUGCAGUAAAAGUUCUUAAGUUGCUACUGCUACUGCAGACCAAGGCCUUCACUGACACCUGUAGAAACUUUGUCCUGGUAGUGAGGAGAGAAUUCUUACAACAGCAUUUGCUACGUUCUGGUUCAAACCAAGCUCUACAUCUCUUCACCCUUUUUUUAUUUAAUGUCCCACAAUUUCAUUAAUACGAAAAGCAAUAUCCUCCAAAUUAUUUAUUUUAAUGUUCCCUUUUUCCUGUAUUAUCUUGGUAUCUGGCAAACAUACA